UUUAUUCAGUGAUACGAUUUUCAAGUGAAUAAAACUCCGAUUACCAGUGCAAUCUACCAGAAUAACGCGGUUAAUAGAGGAAACACAAUUCAGACAAAAGAGGAAAAUUACAAAAGACCGCUUCGGGGAACUCAGUUGGCAGAGGGUUCAAGACUAUAAAAGCGCUGCCCAUCGGCAAACGGAAGUUAGUGAGCGGAAGAAGAACAUGGAUAUCCAACCACAGGCCUUGAAGCUGAUCUUACUUUGGGCAUGCCUGGCCAUUGGGCUAACGGUGAUGCCAGGAGCAACUGCAUCCGGACAUGAGGUCAGCCCAGCUUCGAGGGAUCUACUGCAGCGCAGCAAACGCACCAUGACCACCAUCUGCGUGGAGAUCAGGCCAAGUAGUCCGCAGGAUGAGCCGUAUUAUAUGUGCCGGGGAGCCAACUUCGGUGGCGACAGUAGCCAGCAGAGUUGUGUGGAGGUCAGAAACCAAGGUGGCCAGGGGGAGCCAUUCUACAUGUGCCACGGAGCGAAGUCCACAGAACCCGCCAUCGAGAAUCAACCCUCCAUGGAGCACAUGCCUCCGUUUAACCCUCAAACCGCUGAACAUCAUGAUUUCGGUCACAACUUUCCCGUGUUUCCCGCCUAUGAGGGCGGGUCAUAUCCCCAGCAGGCAGUCACAGAAGAUCCCACUCGCAUUCACCAAGUCCAGCCAGCGGGUCCGUCGUCAUACCAGGAGAAGCUCCACCAGCAGCCUAAUCCUCAGCAGCAUCAGCCCCACGCCCAGUACGGAUUCUACGGAGGCCCUAUUGCAGCCCCUCCAACUGCACCUGCAGCGCAGUCAGCUGGCGUGCCAGAAUUUCAUCACCCAAUUGAGGGCAGCCCGCCAGCAGCUCCACAAGGAGUUUCAGCUGGCCCAGGCCCAGCGUCCACGGCCGCUUCGUAUGAUCCUGCAGCAUUUGCGAGGUCGCCAAGUCGCCCCACAGAGAACCCAGUAGCCGGAAACAGUAGACAUCGAUUCACUUUCGACGAGGAGGUGCUAGCAGUGCCGGAUGUGGGUUUUAGGCGAGAGGAGCUCCAACAGCAGUACCGUAGGCCAGUGAAUCAACCGAGACCAGAAGAUCAGUUAAUGUGGGUGCCGUUGUCGCAGACGCAGGAUCCCGAAAACGAUCCGGUUAUGAAGGCAUUCUACAGCAGCUUGGGAGACGAAAGACGCCCCACACAGGAAGCACCGGUGGGCAACCAGGAUGAGCCCAUGUUGGGACAAAUGGCUCCUGGCUACAGCCCAUACAACAGCCAAUACCCAGAGGCUCCUGCCCCACCCACUCUGCCGCCACCACCUCCAACCUAUUCCCAAGCAGAUGUGACGCCCUCUGCCAACACAUAUUGCAAUGGAUGUUCUCCCACAGCACCAACAAUCCAAUGUCCACUGGACAACGGGGUGAGCUACAGUACCACCUGUCCGAGCUUCCAACCGGUCAUUAUAAGCAUGCCCUGCUACGCUCAACGAGCACCCACUCCCUACUUUGGGCUUCCCAGAGCGCCACCACCAGGUCCCUUUGGUGGUGGAUUUGGGCUGGGAGCACAGCUGGGAAGUCCUUUUGGCAUGGCGCCCCAGAUGGGAGGACAGGGAUACGACAUGGAGCACCAGGUGGGUGGCCCCUUUGGCAUGGGCAUGCAGCUUGGAAUGGGAAUGAACCCAUUCGGACCCUUCGGAGCCCUCAAUCCUUUCAAUCCUUUCAACAGAGUUCUGGGAGCACCAGCUCCCGCUGCUCCAACGCAAAAUGGUAAUUUUUUCCAGCGCGUCUUCAAAUUCAACCAGGACGCUGCCUCCUCCUCGACAACAGAAGCUGCUCCCACCACAGAAGUGCAAUCGGAAAGAUCGGGCAAGUUGAAUUUCUCGAGUAGCACUCCGUCGCCACCCAGCUCAGAACAGCCAGAUAGCAUUGUGGGUGAUGACCACGAGAGUGAUGAGGCUGAGGACUCUGCUGAAGAUUUUGACAAGGAGGAUGAUGCGGCGGUGACCACACCGCUUCCAGCCUCCGAGCCAGAUGAUUCCGCUGACACAUCCGGAGUUCCGGCCAUCGUGAGCAAGGCGACGGAACUGCUCAAGCCAACGGAGAAACGGAAGCGACACCGUCAGCGCUCCAGCGGACGUAGCCCCCAAAAGCACAGAUACCUGCAGCUGUUGUAACUCCAAGUUAUGUAAAUGGAUCCCUCAAACUGAAUAAAGUUGUAUUUAUAUUGUCAAAAUAAUAGUAGUUUACUACUGGGCAG